AUGCUUGACUUGCCAAGGACUUACCACUCCCCAGAAGCACAAGAAGAUGCUAACUGCCAGAGGAAAAGUAUCCUGGGUUAUAGCAAGAAGUUGGAUGACAGCACCAACUCAUUGCUGAGCAGCAGUCAAGAAAGCAAACGGAUGGGAUCCCAUGAUGAACUGAUAGCAGGCAAGCAGCUACCUGACCUCCUGGCGCAGGGGACAAAGUGGGAGAAUGCCAUGGCUGCCAUGGUCGUCGUACAUGGCUUGUCAUCUGUACUGCAAUCCCUCAUUCUGGGGGCAAAAAAAGUUGGUUAUGAGCUGGAUGAGUACACAAAGGAGCAUAUGAAGCAGCGUGAGGAGAUGCUGAGCAGGAAGAUGGCUCAUCUGCUGAGAGAGGUGGAGGAACUGGAGCAGAGGAGCCAGCAGCAGGGCAGUGUUGCCUGGACAACAAUGCUCUUAGCUGCCUUGCAGCAGUGGCAGUUCUGGGCCAUUGCCGGCUUCCUUCUCCUGCUCUUGGUGCUCUGCUGGAGGCUCAAGAAAUGGAGCCGUGAGCCAGCCAGCAGCAGAGAGAAAGAGCAUUGUGGCAGCUACCCAGAGCCUGGGCAAGAAGAAGAGGAGCUGGAAGAGGAAGAAGAGGAGCUGCAGAAGGAAGAAGUUGAUGGAGAAGAUCCUGAUGAGGUGAAGCAUACGGACAGGCUGCUGGCUAAGCACAUCCACUGGCCAGUGCAGGAGCUGUCCUGCAGAAGCUGGCUGGUGAAGGAGCUGGUGGAGGAAGUCAUCCAGGUGUACCAAGAGCUCUCCUCAGAUACUCAUUUCCCAGUGAUGCAGCCACCCAUUGGGAUAGGCAGCACCUACGAAGGUUGGAGUCAUCAUGGGGAUGAUGCUGUCUACCGCCUGCUGGUGCCACUGAAAGCCGGUCGUGGCCACUCCUUCUGCUUGAAAGAGAGCAUCGAGGAGCAGAGGCCAAAGAGGACUUUCCGGGCCAAAGUGCAACUGAAGUGCACCUGCACAACAGAAGAACCGGCGGAGAACAUGCCAUGCUUCCUCCACCAUCCUGACAAGAGGCAGAGGAGACAUCGGUGGGAACACCUCCUCAGCGUGCUCUGCACCAGCUCCUACCUAGAUGUGCACAAAAUCGUCGCCUGGUUCCAGGACUUCGUGAGAUCGAUCUGGGGCGUGAGGCCUAAGAUGUGUCACUACCAUCUGAAGAUGCUGCCCUCCCCACGCUCCUGCAAGCUGCAGCUGACAGAUAGCCUGGGGAGAACCUUUGUCACUGAGCUGAUAUUUGGGCUGCAGCAAGGUGACUCGGACAUCUUCCUGUGCAGCCGCAGUAGAGAGGCCACCUUGACCACGAGCACGACAUGGUCAGCGAGCUGUGCUGUGGCAGAGGCAAAGUCCUUCCAGCAUGUCGCCAGGCAGGUGCCACGUGGCAGCUACCACCUGAAGUGCCUGCGUGUCUGCACCCAAAUCCUGGCAGGCACAGGCUUUUCAAGUGCUGCCAUGAAGGCCCUUGUGAUGCACCUCCUGACCACCACACCCCUGUCAGGCUGGUGCAGGGGAGCUUUUGUGGAACGGCUCAAGGACAUCAUGCAGUACCUGCACUGCUGCCUGGAAAGGAAACAUCUCCACCACUUCUUCCUUGGCAAUGACAACGUGCCUGAGGAGAUAAGCUUGCCCGCUGCCUAUGAAAUGGCUGAGCCUCUCAAUCUUUUCCAGGGCCUGGCACAGAAUCCAGCAUGCAGUGGCUGCCGUGGUUGCCACACACGUCUUGGCAUCCGUUCUUAA